AUGACUUUACCGGAAGCGAAGGAUUUUUCGUACUUUUACUCUGACGAAACUAAUGCUCGUAAACCUUCUCAAUUGAAAACAUGUAUUCAUUUAUUCCAUGAUCCGAACAUUGUGUUUCUGGGAGGAGGUUUGCCUAUGAGUGAUUUCUUCCCAUGGGAUAAUUUGAGGAUCGAUGCUGCACUUCCACCUUUCUCCAAUGGAAUUGGAGCUCCAUUGAGUGGAUCUCCGGAGGACAGCUUGAGUGUUUCUGUCAAGAAACAUAAUACUGAAGCCGGGGAUAUCCCAUUGGCUAGAGCUUUGCAGUAUGGCUUCAGUGCUGGUCAGCCGGAACUUAUCGAGUUUUUGAAGGAACACACUAAAUUGAUUCACGAUAUGAAAUAUUCUGAUUGGAACGUCGUAGCCACUACUGGUAACACUAAUGCGUGGGAAUCUACUCUAAGAGUAUUCUGUAACCGUGGAGAUGUGAUACUCGCCGAGGCACACUCCUUCUCUUCUUCUUUGUCCUCUGCAGAGGCUCAAGGUGUCAUUGUCUUCCCAAUUCCAAUCGAUGCUGAUGGUAUCAUUCCUGAAAAGUUGGAAAAAAUUCUUGAUGAGUGGACUCCAGGUGCUCCAAGGCCAAAACUUUUGUACACCAUCCCAACAGGUCAAAAUCCAACUGGUACUUCGUUGGCUGAUGACAGAAAGAAAGAGAUCUAUCGUAUCGCCCAAAAGCACGAUUUCCUGAUCAUUGAAGAUGAGCCAUACUACUUCCUACAAAUGGACCCAUACGUUGAAGAUGUUGGGAAGAGAGAGGAGCUACGCAACAAGCCAAAACAAACUCAUGACGAAUUUUUGAAAUCAUUGGCUAGAACUUUCUUGAGUGUUGAUACCGAGGGACGUGUCAUUAGAAUGGAUUCCUUUUCAAAAGUGCUAGCUCCAGGUACCAGACUUGGUUGGUUGACUGGUUCAAAAGCUCUUCUGCAAAAAUACGUUGAAUUGCAUGAGAUGACGAUCCAAGCACCAGCGGGCUUCACGCAGGUCGUGGUUUCUAGUACUUUAAGACGCUGGGGUCAAGACGGCUACCUCAACUGGUUGAUCGGUCUACGUCAUGAGUAUACUCUAAAGCGUGAUUGUGCCAUCGAUGCUCUUCACAAAUAUUUGCCAAAAUCAAAGGCGUUUGUCGUUAAUCCACCAAUCGCUGGUAUGUUCUUUACGGUCGAUAUCGAUGCUAGUGCUCAUCCUGACUUUGCUACAAAAUUCGGCUCCGAUCCUUCUCUGGUAGAGAAAGCUAUCUACGAUAGGGUCAUUGCCAGUCAAGUGUUGGUUGUCCCAGGUAGUUGGUUCAAGACUGAGGGUGAAACUGUCCCUCCUCAACCAACAUCUUCCAAAAGCAUUAACAAUCCAAACGAAAUCUUUUUCAGAGGUACCUAUGCUGCUGUUGUGCCAGAAAAGCUUGUUGAGGGUUUGAAGAGAUUGGGUCAAGCUUUGGCUGAAGAAUUCAAUAUCAAGGCUUAA